AUGAACGUCUUGAAAAACCACAAGUUUGCUUUUCUUCUUGAUAUUACAUCCUACAACGUCAACAGCUAUAAUAAUAUAUACACCAUUGUCAAACUUACAGAAGAUGUGUCCAUUGUUUCCCAAUUAGAAAGUAAAAUAGAACUUAUGGAUGUGAUCUCACAAACGGAUGAGAGUUUUACACCCUCAAUUGUUAAUAAAUCAACCGCAACCAGUCCUAUCAAAAUAUCAACUGAUUUGAAGCGCAACCUCCAUGCCAUUUAUGACGUUGAUUGUGGAGAUGAUUUCAGUUCAACAAAAUGUAAAAGAAAAUUAACCGGAGAGGAAAAUCCACUUUUAGUUCCAAAAAUGGAGAAUGUUUUUUUGGAAAUCUAG